AUGGCUGGAGCCCUCAGGAGAGGUAAACAUGCGGAGGACAUAUUCGGCGAGCUGUUCAACGAGGCCAACACUUUCUAUCUGCGCGCCAACUCUCUGCAGGACCGCAUCGACCGGCUGGCCGUCAAGGUCACCCAGCUGGACUCCACCGUGGAGGAAGUCUCCCUGCAGGACAUUAACAUGAGGAAAGCCUUCAAGAGCUCUACCACCCAAGACCAGCAAGUGGUGUCCAAGAGCAGCGUGCCCAACCCGGUCAAAGAGAUGUACAACCUGAGCGACAAGCCACCGCCCCUCAACAUCCUCUCCCCUUACAGGGACGACCAGAAGGAAGGCCUCAAGUUCUACACGGACCCCUCCUACUUCUUUGACCUGUGGAAGGAGAAGAUGCUGCAGGACACCGAGGACAAGAGGAAAGAGAAAAGGAAGCAGAAGGAGCAGAAGCGCUGCGUGGACGGGACACUACAGAGAGAGGUGAAGAAGGUUCGUAAGGCCAGGAACCGCCGGCAGGAGUGGAACAUGAUGGCUUUGGAUAAGGAGCUGAGGCCAGACCACCGCCACACCAUACACCGAGACCGGGGAGCUUCCUCUGAGGGCUCGAUGUCACCAGAAAACAGGGGCCACGGUGCGGACCAACAUCACUACCCUAAUGCCAUGAACCACGCCGGUCACGCUCACACCUACUCCGGCCCACCCCCCAGCGUCUUGGCUGCUCAGAUGGCUGCGGGACACGCAGCUAUGGGAAGUGACCUUGACUACAGGGGCAGGGCCAUGGCUUACCCGGUUGGGACACUGGGCCGUUCUCACCACCAAGUCCUGCCUCCUCCUCCGCCCACUGAUACUAUGAAUGGCGGCUCCAUGUCUCUUCCGCCUGUUGACUACUGUAUGGAUGGCUACGCUAAUACUGGCCCACCUCCUCCACCACCCGCCCCUCUCAUCCCUUCUGCCCAAACGGCCUUCGCCCAACCCCCUGGAGGCCCACUUCCUCCUCCUGGGCCAAUGAGCGGCGCUGGAGGUUACGCCCCGCCUCCACCACCUGUAUCUGGAGCACUGGCAGCCCCGCCCCCUCCAGGUCCGCCACCUCCUCUCCUCCCAGCUGGCUCCUCCCACUCCACCACCCCCAAGAUGACUUCUGUGCCCAGCGAGGCCCCGCCAGUCAACGAUGCACGCAGUGAUCUGCUGGCUGCCAUACGCAUGGGCAUCCAGCUGAAGAAGGUGCAGGAGCAGCAGGAGCAGCAGGCCAAGCGAGAGCCCGUCGGGAACGACGUCGCCACCAUCCUGUCCCGACGCAUCGCCGUGGAAUACUCGGACUCCGAGGACGACUCCGAGCUGGAAGAAAACGACUGGUCCGAUUAACACGCAGCUGGGACGCUCACGAGCGCGCACACACACACACACACACAGACACACACACACAGACACACACACACACACACACAACCAAGCAUGCACAGUUGUUCCCGACGGGAUAAUCACUCAAGACGUCACACAUGCACACAGGAUCAAUAAAGCAGUCGAUCGCACUGCUGUGAAUGAAUGCCCACUCUUCCGCAUCUGCAGGUUGUCACGUCUACACAAACGCACACAAACACACACACACGCACACGUUAAGCUACACACAUCGACCUGGUAUAAGCUGUAUGGUGCAAAACUGGAAACUCGGGGGUGUAUUCGAGAUGCAAAACCACUGGAAAAAACAAAACAAAAGAGGUUAGAAAUACUACCUUCUUAGGUGCUCAUGCUGCCACGCUGACCUCUGACCCUCACAUCCAGACUGACCUUUACCUUUCACAGCAUUGUGAGUACACCCCCCCACACACACACACACACACACCACCCCCACCACUGGUGUGGCUGUUUAUUUCUUCCUGACUUACCUGUUGUAACACUAUAGACGCCCCCCCCCUCCAGAGGGGGCCUACUUCCUGUCGUAACACUAUAGACGCCCCCCCUCCCCAGAGGGGGCCUACUUCCUGUCUAGUUAAAGCUGAAGAGUGUUAGAAAGAAAAAUAGAAACCUUCCCUCUUGAGCUGAAAAAACGCCGCCUGUCUUUUCUAAUGUUUUUUACCGAAACGCUCGCUCGCGUGCGGGGCGUGGGACGAGUUUUUAUUAAUACGUAACGA